AUGGCGUUCCUCGCGCCAUCUUCCCAGGCCGGGACCGCGUCGCGAGUGUCUCUUUUUGCAAAAGAUUUGCAGUUGCGCCUUCGGCCAUCCGUCACCGUGACUGCCGCUCCCGCCGCGAUCGGUAGUGGAUCUGUGCGGCUCUGCUGCACGUGCGAGUCGCAUUCGUCUUCGUCAGCCAAUAGCGCUGCGACGUCGCCUGCCGCAGAAUUCGUCGCCGAGCGCGCUGACUCCAUUCCGUGCGACGAUGGCGACAACUUCCAACGUCUCGUUUCCGAUCAGCUCGUCGCACGCGUGCGACGAUACGGCCCGUCGUUCCUCGUUGGCACGUGUGUCGCUCUCAGCCUAGCCUUCGGCCUGCCGCGAGCCGCGCAGGCGAAAGCCGGCAAGCCCGUCGCCCCGCCCCCCACGCCGAUAGUGGGGCGGCAGACUCCCGACGGGGGAAAGGCGGGGGGGAAGGCAGAGGCGGAGAAGGAGGUGGCGGAGAGUGCGCGCGCGCAAGCGGCGGAGCAGGAGCGCGCGGUGAAGAUGCUGGAGGACUUUUUGGCGAAGCACCCGCGGGACGUGACGGCGCUGCGCAUGCUGCUGCGCGUGCGCAUGAAGUGCGCGGACUUCGCGGGGGGGAUCAAGAUCCUCGACCAGCUCGUGGAGAUAGAGCCGGACGACAUGGAGUGGAAGUACAUCCGCGCGCAGGCGCAGGAGUUCGUGGGGGACCUGCAGGCGGCGCGCAAGGGCUUCCAAGAAAUUCUUAAAGUCGACCCCUUCUCCGCGCGCGCGCUCCAGGGCCUCGCAACGGUGAUGCGGCGCAGCGGCGAGGACAGCCUGGUGCUGGGGAUGGUGGAGGAGGCGGUGGGGAAGGCGGGGCAGGCGGGCAAGCAGCAGGAGGCCACCAACCUCAAGAUGCUGCUGGGCCAGCUGCACGCGCUGCAGGGCAACGUGGAGGCGGCAAUAGCCCAAUAUGACGCCAUCAGCGCCAGCGAUCCGAGUGACUUCCGGCCGUACCUGUGCAAGGGGCUCGUGUUCUCGCUCAUGGGGGACAGCAAGCAGGCCGACGUGCACUUCAAGGAGUUCAGGCGACGCUGCCCCAAGAACUACGCCAGCUACCUCGAUAACAUGCUGGUCAAGAGCACUGUGGAGGCACGAAGGCAGGAGAGGGAGAAGCGGCAGCAGAUGGAGGCGGAGGCCAAGGGGCAGACAGUGCGCCCCAUGAAGCAGCCCACAUCCAGUGCUGGGUUCAUUGGAUAA